GUGUAAGAACAAAAGACAAAAGGAAAACACACAGAAACCCCCUUUCUCUCCUGAAACAGCCAUAACGUUCAGUGUUCCAGCUUUGAAGUCCCUAAUAUAUUUUGGCUCAUGAAAGUGGAUUAAGAAGAUGUAGAAUCAUUUUGAAUAACAGACUUUCCCAAGCUCUUUUUGCGUAGGAGAGAGAAGUUUCUUGAAAUGUGAUACCCUUCAUGACAACAAAUGUCAGGAAAAACAAUAUGAACAAAACUUGCUGUAUUCUAUCAAGUGCUGAAGAAGCCCCUGUUAUUAUCUCUAGCACCUUGCCUUUAGAGCAAGUUUCAUGAUCUAAUGUGACAGAUCUUCCCAGAAUUUUCUUUAAAAAAGUAGUACACCUAGAAGCUGCAUCCAAGAAAAGGUGACCAGGCACUGCAGUAAUAUCACAACAGUCAUAUUCUUCAGACAUGUCUCAAACACCCUUGCCAAGAAGACCUCCAUUCAAGGUAUGCUGUAUCUGUGGCAGAGAAUUUGGGUCACAAUCUAUUGCUAUACAUGAACCUAAGUGCCUACAGAAGUGGCGUAUUGAGAACAAUCAACUACCAAAGCACCUUAGAAGGCCAGAGCCCAGGAAACCUGAGAUCCUUGCUGGUUCUGUUUCUGGUUCCUAUACACUUACAGAUAAAAAUGAAGCAGCUUAUAAUAGUGCUCAAGCCCAGCUGGUGCCAUGUAGAAACUGUGGCUGAACCUUUUUUCCUGACUGUCUUCCCGUGCACGAAAGGUGUUGCAAAGGAAGUGGCCCCAGUGCUAGUAAAUCUGGCAAAGCACCAAGAUCCAGACCUGGCUCAGCAAGGGGUGAUCCAUCUAAGGCCCAUCAAGGAAUGAGCAGGGCUACACCAGCUGUAUCAGACCAGACAAAAAUAUGUGAUACAUGCAAAAGUGAUAAGAUGCCACCAACAGUGAUUUGUUACAUAUGUGGCCAAGAGUGUGGAACAAAAUCUAUUAGUAUACAUGAGCCACAAUGCCUGAAAAACUGGUGCUGGGAGAAUGACAACCUCCCCAAGCACCUGAGAAGGCCAGAACCCAAAAAACCUGAAGCCAGAACCAUACAAGCCAAAGGUUUCUAUGAUCUUGAUGCUUUAAAUGAGGCUGCCUGGACCAGCGCCCAAGACCAGCUAGUUCCAUGUGAUAUUUGUGGGCGUACUUUUCUUCCAGACAGACUGAUCGUCCACCAGAGGUCCUGUAAACCAAAACGUGCAAAGUGGAUGUAGCACACAUGCAUACAAA